AUGAGGUCCCCGGCUUCAGCUGGCACGCUGGGGCUUUGGUCGCGGCUGCGUUUGCUGCUGCUGCUGCUGCUGCAGGCCGAGGUGCUGCGAUGCGCCCAGCUGACUUUCGAACUGCCGGACAGCGCCAAACAGUGUUUCCACGAGGAUGUGGAGCAGGGAGUGAAAAUCUCCCUGGGUUAUCAAGUCAUUACUGGUGGUCACUAUGAUGUAGACUUCUUUAUUGAAGACCCCCAUGGAAAGACAAUUUACAAAGAAACCAAGAAGCAGUAUGACAGUUUCUUUCAUCGAGCAGAGAUCAAAGGAACCUACACAUUUUGCUUCAGUAAUGAGUUUUCCACCUUUUCCCACAAAACUGUCUACUUUGACAUUCUAGUUGGAGAUGAACCCCCCAUUCUCCCAGAGAUGAGAAAUAGAGUCACUGCAUUGACGCAGAUGGAGUCUGCUUGUGUGACCAUUCAUGAAGCUUUGAAAGCAGUGAUUGAAUCUCAGACACAUUAUCGACUCAGGGAAGCUCAGGACCGGAACCGGGCUGAUGAUUUGAAUGAGCGUGUUUCCUACUGGUCUAUGGGGGAGACGGUCUUACUGUUUGUGGUCAGCAUCAGUCAAGUGGUGCUUCUGAAAAGCUUCUUCACAGAAAAAAGACCAACUAGUCGUGGUGUCAACUCAUAA